AUUGUCGCGUUCUUCCUGUAAGCGAAACAUCAACAUUGCUGAAGAUGGCAGAGAUCGGAGAUGAUGAGCUUGAAAAGCUCGAAUAUUUGUCUUUGGUGUCUAAAGUUUGUACCGAACUUGACAACCAUUUAGGAAUCAGCGAUAAAGAUCUUGCUGAGUUUGUAAUCAGCCUUGCUGAGAAAAACCCAACCUUUGAUGGAUUUAAAGCGGUGCUGGCAAAAAAUGGAGCUGAUUUCACUGAUUCGCUCAUUGGUAAUUUGCUUCGUCUCAUUCAAACCAUGCGCCCUCCUGCUAAAGCAUCUACCAGUAAAGCCUCUUAUCCUGUGGCUAAGCCAAAAAAUGAAAAGGACAAGCUUAAAACGCUGUUUCCAGCUCUGUGCAGACCUGACAAUCCUACGACCAGGACUAUGCUGGAUGCAGAUGAUGUGAAAGUUGCUGCUGAUGUAAUGAAAGAGCUGGAAAUGUUUAUGCCCAGUGUUAGUGGAACAGACUCAACUAAAAGCAAACACAGAUCUGAAACCAGCAGCAGCAGCAAGAAGAAGCGGAGGAGCAGAAGUCGCAGCCACAGCAGAGAGAGGGACAGAGACAGACGCCGACGCCAUCGGUCUCGUUCCCGCUCACGUUCGAGGUCACGCUCUAAUGACAGGGACCGGAGGAAGCGAAGGUCUCGCUGGCACUCUCGCAGCAGGUCCAGGAGUCCUGCACGGGGAGACAGAGAUAAGGGCUCUGAGCGAGAUAAGUGCUCCGACCGAGAUAAGGGCUCUGACCGCUGGAAGGACAAACAUGUGGACCGGCCUCCACCAGAAGAGCCCUCUGUUGGGGAUAUCUACAAUGGAAAAGUAACCAGUAUCAUGCAGUUCGGCUGCUUUGUGCAGUUGGAUGGUCUUAGGAAACGCUGGGAAGGCUUGGUCCACAUUUCCGAACUUAGGAGGGAGGGUCGGGUGGCAAACGUGGCGGAUGUGGUUAGCAAAGGUCAAAGGGUCAAAGUCAAGGUGUUAUCCUUUACUGGAUCCAAAACCAGCCUCAGUAUGAAGGAUGUUGACCAGGACACAGGUGAAGAUCUGAACCCUAACAGAAGAAGAAAUAUGGGAGGAGACGGUCAUGAAGAGUCAGCCAUGAGGAACCCAGACAGGCCGACUAACCUAAACCUGGGCCAUGCACCAGAGGUAGAGGACGACUCCCUAGAACGCAAAAGACUCACAAAGAUCUCCGAUCCAGAGAAGUGGGAAAUCAAACAGAUGAUCGCUGCCAAUGUGCUUUCUAAAGAGGAAUUCCCAGACUUUGAUGAAGAAACUGGAAUUCUUCCCAAAGUCGAUGAUGAAGAGGAUGAGGACUUGGAGAUUGAGCUGGUGGAAGAGGAGCCUCCAUUCCUGAGGGGACACACCAAACAGAGCAUGGACAUGAGUCCUGUCAAGAUUGUCAAGAACCCUGAUGGAUCGCUCUCCCAAGCAGCCAUGAUGCAAAGUGCCCUAGCCAAAGAAAGACGAGAGGUGAAACAGGCACAGCGGGAGGCUGAGAUGGACUCAAUUCCCAUGGGCCUGAACAAACACUGGGUGGACCCACUGCCUGAUGUUGACGGCAGGCAGAUAGCGGCCAACAUGAGGGGAAUCGGUAUGAUGCCCAACGACAUCCCAGAAUGGAAGAAACACGCAUUUGGUGGCAACAAGGCAUCCUAUGGUAAAAAGACUCAACUUUCCAUCUUGGAACAAAGAGAGAGUCUUCCCAUUUACAAGCUGAAGGAGCAGCUCAUUCAGGCUGUCCAUGACAAUCAGAUCCUGAUUGUGAUUGGGGAGACGGGCUCGGGGAAGACCACACAGAUCACUCAGUAUUUGGCUGAGGCUGGAUACACCACACGGGGGAAGAUCGGUUGCACACAACCCAGAAGAGUGGCAGCCAUGUCUGUGGCUAAAAGAGUGUCGGAGGAAUACGGUUGCUGUUUAGGUCAAGAGGUGGGCUACACCAUCCGUUUUGAGGACUGCACGAGUCCAGAGACGGUCAUUAAGUACAUGACAGACGGUAUGCUGUUAAGAGAGUGUCUGAUUGACCCUGAUCUGGGCCAGUACGCCAUCAUUAUGUUGGACGAGGCCCACGAAAGAACAAUCCACACAGACGUGCUCUUUGGUCUGCUUAAAAAGACUGUACAGAAGCGAACAGACAUGAAGCUCAUCGUGACAUCCGCCACACUAGAUGCCGUGAAAUUCUCACAGUACUUCUACGAGGCACCUAUUUUCACAAUCCCCGGUCGUACAUACCCAGUGGAGGUUUUGUACACUAAGGAACCUGAGACGGACUAUCUGGAUGCCAGCCUGAUCACAGUCAUGCAGAUCCACCUCACUGAACCUCCAGGUGACAUUUUGGUGUUCCUGACGGGUCAAGAGGAGAUCGACACUGCUUGUGAGAUCCUCUACGAGCGAAUGAAAUCUCUCGGCCCUGAUGUGCCAGAGCUCAUCAUCCUACCAGUGUACUCUGCCCUGCCCAGCGAAAUGCAGACCAGAAUCUUUGACCCAGCACCACCUGGAAGUAGAAAGGUGGUUAUUGCUACCAACAUUGCUGAAACUUCUUUGACAAUCGAUGGGAUCUACUAUGUGGUGGAUCCAGGUUUUGUCAAACAGAAGGUUUAUAAUUCCAAAACUGGCAUUGAUCAGCUGGUGGUUACCCCGAUCUCUCAGGCUCAAGCUAAACAGCGGGCGGGCAGAGCUGGUAGAACAGGACCUGGCAAGUGUUACAGACUGUACACAGAACGUGCCUACAGAGAUGAGAUGCUCACCACCAACGUGCCUGAGAUUCAGCGAACUAACUUGGCCAGCACCGUGUUGUCUCUCAAGGCUAUGGGCAUCAAUGAUCUGCUAUCAUUUGAUUUCAUGGACGCUCCACCCAUGGAGACACUCAUCACAGCUAUGGAGCAGCUGUAUACUCUGGGAGCCCUGGAUGAUGAAGGACUGCUCACUCGCCUCGGUCGUAGAAUGGCUGAGUUUCCUCUGGAGCCCAUGCUGUGUAAGAUGUUGAUUAUGUCCGUUCAUCUCGGCUGCAGCGAAGAGAUGCUGACCAUUGUGUCGAUGUUGUCAGUGCAGAAUGUCUUCUAUAGACCAAAGGACAAACAAGCUUUGGCAGACCAGAAGAAGGCCAAGUUUCACCAGCCUGAGGGAGACCACCUGACUUUGUUGGCUGUCUAUAACUCGUGGAAGAACAAUAAGUUUUCCAACCCCUGGUGCUACGAAAACUUCAUCCAGGCGCGAUCUCUCCGACGUGCUCAGGAUAUUCGUAAACAGAUGCUUGGUAUCAUGGACAGGCACAAGCUAGAUGUUGUUUCAUGUGGAAAGGCCACGGUGCGUGUACAGAAAGCCAUUUGCAGUGGUUUCUUUAGAAAUGCUGGCAAAAAGGAUCCACAGGAAGGGUACAGGACACUUAUAGACCAGCAGGUGGUGUACAUCCACCCCUCCAGUGCAUUGUUCAAUCGCCAACCAGAAUGGGUGGUAUACCAUGAGCUAGUGUUGACCACCAAGGAGUACAUGAGAGAGGUGACCACCAUUGACCCGAGGUGGCUGGUAGAAUUCGCUCCGGCUUUCUUCAAAGUGUCCGAUCCGACGCGCCUCAGCAAGCAGAAGAAACAGCAAAGGUUGGAACCCCUUUACAACCGAUACGAGGAACCAAACGCCUGGAGAAUCUCCAGAGCCUUCCGGAGACGCUAGAACUUUCAAACAAGGUCCUCAUAGACUGCAAGUUUCGGAUGAUGAUGAACAAAGCAACAUUUUUGUUGUGGAGGAUAACGUGGACAAAUUUGGACAAACUUCCUCCUGUAUGGGCCCUAGUUUUCGAGAUGAGAUCUCUUUCACUACCACAUGUUUGAAUAUAAAGGUGAUGUUGACUCCUUUCUGCUUGCACUGUAUUUGUGAAUUUUAUUUUUUAUAUACAUACACAAAUGCUGUUAAUUUUAGACUUUACAAGCCCUGUAAAAUAAAUAGAGUGGCAAUGACUUGACCAUUCAAGGCAAAGUUGGGGUUCUUUGAUGGUACAGUACAUAAAAAGGUUCAUCAAAAGCUGUCUGGGUUAUGUAUCCUAUCUGUAUACUGUGUAUAAAUGCAGCUGCUUGUCAUCCAGGCUCCCUGGGCAACACAUUUGUUGUAUAGCGUGUGGACAGCACAUCCGUCUGGUCGGUGAAUGUUGACUAAAGUAUCUCAAUUAAUUCAGUUAGUUCCAUUACGGAUAUCUGGGCAUGUAAGUGAACAGGAUGUUAGAGUCACUAUCUAUCAUACCCAGAUCUCAUCCUUAUUUGGGACAUUUCUUCUGUUUAAUCUUUAAUUUGCUGAUUCAGCACUGGAUCAAUGUAUCGGACCACAGAGAUUUUUCAUUAUAGCUCUUUUAUUAGAGGAAAUGAUGGGGGGUGAAAAAGUCCAUCCGUUUUUGAUAUUGUUACAGCUUAUGUCUUAUUUCUGAAACAUUUUUAUGUCAACUUAAAUUAAACUUGCCUUUAAAAAAAAGUUUACUAGAGCUGUUCUGUUUUUGUGUAUCGAGAUGUUUAUAGAAGUGUACAUGUACAUCUCUAUAGCUACAUUUUAAAUAAUUAAAAAAAUAAAUAAAAGUUGGUUAAAUUACAAAUCUGAAGGUAUAUCAUUAUAGACCAAGGUCUUGGCUGUUCAGCUAUUUACCGGUGCAACAUCCUCUGUUUGUAUUUUUUUCAUAAAAAAGGCGUUUUUCCAGUUAUUACUCAUACAAUGUUUACUUUAAGCCUAAAUAGAAAAAGUAAUGAUUUUUUUAUUUAAUAAACAUAUUUUUGUAUUAAGAGAGCCUAUUACUUUAAUAACUCAAC